AGAACUGAACCCAAUGUUCGAAGGUCAUUUCCAGCAUGAUGCCCAGGAACUGUUGCGGUGUCUGCUGUGCUACAUUGAAGAUGCAGAGAAAGAAUUGACACAACUAAGGGACAAAGAAGGAGCUAAUGGAGAAGAUGUCGAGAGAAUUAGUGAAGCUGUGCUUGACAUUGAAGAGGAUGAAAAGAUUGAUACUGGAAUGACAGAAAAACGUACCCUGUCACAUACAUUCUGUACGAGUUUAAAGGGUGGUGAAAGUCAAGAUAGAAGUAAAAUAACUGAAAGUGACAGUCAUAGGCAGCAGGUUCUUGUGACGAAUGUUUUGAAGUGUGAAAGGAAUUCGGCUAUGAUUUUAUCUGACAAGAACAGCACUAUAAAUAACAGAAAUGAUGUAAUUGAUGAUCAUGCUACAUCUUUAAAGUUGGAGGCAGAGGAAGUGGAGACAAGUUUCUCAGGUCUUUCUUUUUGUCAGACUACAAAAGGAAGAAAACGGAAGAGGUCAAAAUCUAAGUCAGCAGCAAGCAACAGAGUGGCAGGGGCCUCCAAGGAUGUUGCUACAACCAGCACUGUCAGGACACGAGGAUUACGGAGGAAAACUGCUGGCUCUGAUAGCCACCUUUGUUUCAUGAGUCUAGGGACACAUGAGGAAACUCAAAGUGGACUCACUGGUUCUGCUGGUCAAAGACAUAUAGAAAACCUUGCUGUAGAUUGUCAUUCUGACAGUCAUUGUCACCAGAAACUUCAGACAGAGGCAACUGUUUCACAAAACUGUAAAAUGUCACCAGGACCCUCAACUAAGGCAUCUACAGCAGUAAAAUGUGAAGAUGGAUCAACCAGCUCCAGAAUUCUACCUUUCCAACCAUUGAACCAAAUAAAAAAACGGCUUGGCGUGAGGGGCCGGGCAAUAAUCAGUUCAAUUUGCCAGGCAGGUGAGCAGUUUAUCAAGGGUGAUAAUCAUGUUGGCGAUGUCAACAACAACAGUGACAGCUGUAAUAGUAACAGCAGCAGGUCUCUGGGUGUAGCUGUAGAUAAUAUUCUGGAAGCUUCACACAGUCAUCACCAGGCAGUGUCUCCUUCAUCUAAAGACAAAAUGAGUCCCUGUAAAAUGGUGUUAAAGUCCCCAGCAAAGUCUCCCGUCGUGGUUGAACACACUGAUGAGAUUUCCAUGAUUCCUGAGGGAGAAACAUCACACAUGAACUCUCCCAUAAACACUGCCACCAAAAAGUAUAUUACUUCUGGGUCACGAAGUAGUAUGGCUACUUCAUUGCAGUUGCCAUCAUUGACUUCACAGCCAGCAGCAACUCGUACUGAGACAGGUUUGGUAGCAGAGCCACAUGGUGAUAUUUUACCACUGCAUGUGCUUGAACCUAACAAAGAAAUCAAUGUCACAGUUCAAGUCAGCCCGAAAAAAAAGUCUUCACUUUUGGAGUUAAAUCAGAAGCCAGGAUUAUGUGUGCCUUUGGAUAGAGCUUCCAGUGAAAGACUGGCAUUAUCUCCGGAGAACGCAACAAAGUGUCCAGUGCCUUUAGCUGAUACAUACCCUAGUGGUGUACAGAGUGACAAAGAUGGAGAUUCUGCAUUGUAUACACGGCUGAAUGUUAAUGAUGAAUCUGCACAUGAAAGCAGAAGUCAGUUUCCUGAGGCACUGCAGACUUCAGAUAAUUUGGCAGCGCCGUGUACCACAAAGACAUCCACUUGUGGUAUACUUCCAAGACUGGUAACCUGUGCCAAAACUUAUUCUCUCUGUAAUCCACAAGACAAAGAAAACCUCCACAAACAAGCACAUAAAAGUCCUCAGAUAUCCAGUUGUUGUCCUGGGGUCCAGGAUACGACUGCUCAGAGAAGUCCCGGAGCAAAUGUUCCUGACCAUACAAGAACACUCCAGCCUAAACUGGAACUCCGGAAAUGCGAUUGGCUGGGGGUAAGCCCAGUUAAGUCUGUCAGUGCUAUAGAAGCAAUGUCCGUUCUUUGUCAAAAGAGGAUGGGGCUGGAAAGUUUCACUGCAAGGAGAAAAAUAUUGUAUGAUGAUACAGACAGCUCCUUACAUUCGAGUAACAUCAGUAGUGACGUAAAGUGUUUACCAACAGAUAAUAUUCGAGAUCAUAUAAGUUUGACAGACUGCAGAGAGUCUGUACCUGCAGAGAAUGAAAGCAAGCAGCGGCACUCCAAAGUCUGUUCAGUAGCGCCUGCUCGAAAGUCAGUGAGAACAUCAAAGUCCACAAAGUUCAGAAAGCUAAUUUCAUGCAGCUCUAACAAACUGUUGAAAACAUGCCAGCCGCCUUCAGCUGGGCAGGAUAUUUGUUUAAAAUCACUCUCAGUGACUCUAGACAGGUGUGAUUGGCUUCUGCAGACAUCACCUGGGCUAUCUGUCAGUGCCAAACAGGCCUUAGUGGACAUGAGAAAAGGCUGCAGAAUCACUUCACAUCACCAGAAAUCUCAGAUGGCAGAUAUGCUGAAGCAGUGUCAAGUACAGAAAACGGAUUUGUCUAUCUCAGGAAUCAAACCUGGUACUUUGGUGGAGAGCUUGUUUGGAGGCACCAUGGUGCACCAGACCAAGUGUCUUGAGUGUGAGGUGGCUCGGCACCGGCAGGAGGUGUUCAUGGACAUUGGUGUGCCUGUCAGGAGUUUGCACACUGACAACAGCGAUGACGACUCUGAUGAUGACUGCUCCAGUAACACAACAGAUAAAUCCGGCAGCUCAUGCUUGUCCAAACUCAUGCAGGCAUGUACAAGUGUGGAGAGGCUGAAUGAUGCAAACAAAUACUUCUGUGAGCAGUGUGUGCACCAUGUGGAGGCUGAACGUUCUUGUCAUUAUCUGACCCUGCCCUCAGUUCUGACACUGCACUUGAAGCGCUUCAGCACAAACUCAAAGCUUUUUGGACAUGUCUCUAAGCUGACUGAUAAAGUUGCCAUCCCACAAACAUUGCCUUGUUUGCUUUAUCAGUGCAAGGGACAGUGCUUUAAUUCCAGCCACACGUUCUCAUUGUUCGCCAUUGUUACCCAUUCUGGUUCAAGCAUUCUCCAUGGCCACUACAGAGCGUACGUCAAAGUUCAGCCCCAUGUCAACCCGUCUGUGUUUUGUAAGUUGUUGAAGUCAAAGAUGAAGAUGGAAAACAGCCAGCUAGUGGAAACCAAGAUGGAUACAUCGUCAGACCCAGACAGUUUUAAAGACGAGUCCGACUGGACAUCAGAACAGCGUAGCUUUGUUUCAGCAAGUGAUAGCUUGUGUAACGAUUCCAAGUGUUGCGAAUAUGAUGAUGUGUACCUCUGUGAUCAGACGUUAAAUGUUUCAACUAGCACCAGGCCGCUGGUUAAUAAAAGCAGAUGUCUUAGAAAUGAUAUUGACAAUGUAAGAACAACUCAGUUAAAGAGCCAUUCGCAUGAGAGAAAGUUUGAUGGUGGUGCCACUGAUCACAUGACAUCUGAGAGCUGGCUUGGCAGCAGUAAACAUGGCAGCUUCUGGCUGGAGUGUGAUGAUGAGUGCAUUAAAGUCAUGGAAGAGCGGGAGUUCAUUGACAAACUGGAGGAGAAAGAUGGCAGUCUCAUUGGAACGCCAUAUGUUCUCUUUUACCACAAACAGCUUCAAUGA